UGCUCGUGUCUGUAUUAGCCGUGUUGCAUGGUGCACAGUGUGUGGCUAUGAGAUAUUAUAAGCACCAAUAAUGCUAAUAUCUUGGACUGGGCUUUAUCAGUACCGGAGCUUCCCAGGACCAACUGGUUUAUGAAGAUAAGCCAUUUUUUUUUAAAAAAUUGAAUAUUAACUGGCAGAUUACCCGACUCUGAGCAUAUCAAUAAAUAUCAGAAUGGAAUUGGAUAAAAUAUCAGAUAAUGGAACCAUUGAGUGUAACAUGGCUCUCCCCAGUCCAGCAUAUCAUGAUGUGAGUGACAUAUCCUCUGACUCAGAUACCCAGGAGCCAAAGCAAGUUGGACAGUCAAGCACUGGGCUCAGUAUAAGAGGAGAACCCCAAAGUUCUACUGACAUCCUAGAGGAUAAGAGUGAAUUAUCAGAUGAGGAAGAAGGAGCCUUCAGGGGAAUGUCUGCACUUCCAGUUGACAACAGCAUAGCCAAGAGAGCACUGUGCACUAGGUGUAGCCGACCUCAGAAGGUGUGCCUCUGUCCCUCUCUGCCGGCCCAACCUCUCAACAUCUCCACCUGCUUGUACAUUGUUCAGCAUCCAGCAGAGGAGAGCAGAGUUCUUCGUACAGUACCACUUUUAGAGGCAUGUCUUCCUCAAAAUAAGUGCAAGGUCCUGAUUGGGCGACGCUUUGGUGAAGAAAGAUAUCCAGAACUAGCCACUGUUUGCCGAAAUCCUGGUACUUUAAUCCUAUAUCCUGGAGUGGAAGCUGCUAAUUUGGAAGAAGUAUCCCUGGCAUAUGUUCAGCACCCAUUCUCUCUGAUCAUAAUAGAUGGAACCUGGAGUCAGGCCAAAGAUAUAUUCUACAAAAAUGCUCUUUUCCGCCUACCAAAACAGGUGCAGUUAAAAUCCACAAUAUCAAGUCAAUAUGUGAUCCGAACUCAGCCAACCAAUACGUGCCUUUCUACCUUGGAAUGUGCUGCAAUAGCUCUUUCAAUUUUGGAAAAAAAUCCAGAAAUUCAGGAGACUAUCCUCCGCCCUCUUCAAGCCCUGUGUUCGUUCCAGUUGCAGCAUGGUGCUCAGAUACAUCAUAGCAAAGAACAUUUACUUAAAAGUGGCAUGUAUGACAAACCAAUGCCAAAAAAUAAACGCAAGCUUAAGAGAAUGGAACUAUUGGUUAGCAAUGUUAAAAUUUAGAACUUUUUUUUAAUUAAAAAAAGAUGUGUGUGUGUGAGACUAUGAAACAGAUAAUAUGUUUAGCUAAACAAACUUGUUUUAGCACUGACAGUGAGUCAAAGUGAAUAUAUGAAAAAGAAGAGCUGUUUGUGUUCUAAGUUACCUAUUAUCAAUACACAUAUGUCCAAGAUUGGUAGCUUGGUCAAACAAGAGGAUGAGGUAAAACAAGGUGAAAGCUCGUUUGUCUAUAGGGCUUAAUUUUUUAUUGAUGAAAGUUUUGUUAAGAAAACAGUAACCCUAUUAUUUAUAAGUAGGCAAUACGAGUACAGUUACAACACAAGAUCUAGACUUACACUUGAGCAAAUGGCUACAAAUAUACCCCGUACAUUCCUUUUUGCUGUUUUCAUACUUUUAUGUGUUGAAUAAUGGGCCUUUUUAAAAACGUAUCAUUUUAUAUUUAUCUAGAAGUGGUGCCAGACAUGUUCAUUUAAUGUUUCUAUACAAAAAUGAUAUUUAAAAGCCAAUGUCAACCAACACAUUUAUUUUGUUUGUAUAUGGAACAUUUACUAUGCAAUAAACAAGGAAAGUUAUCUAAUCUGGCACAUUUUCAGUGUUUUUAAGGGUUUUCCAUUUUUCUUUGUAUAAUGACUCAUUGAUUUAGCACAUUUUUUUAAUGUCAGUCCUCAUUAUAUCUGAACUAAAGCACAGGUGAAAAAAAUCAGUUGAUCAGUAACCAUGGUUACUAACCUGAUAUCAGCUGAUUAUUUUACCUGUGCUCUAGUUCAGAUAUAAGGAAAUGUGGCCUGUUAGGGGGUCCCAAGGAUCGGAAUUGAGAAACACUGAUUUAGCAGAAUCUUUUUAAAAUGUACAGUGAAGACAUUAAUAUAUUUUGAAGACAUUCUUAAAUAUUAAUCAUACUAUGAUAUGUGCAGAAAUGCAAAUUUGGACUUGAUGUACUAGUAAAAAAGUCAAGAUUGUUUUGCUCAUGUUAAUGCAUUCAGCUGUGAUUUUAUUUUUCAUCUGUAUUUGUAAUAAAAAAAAUAAAAAUAAUAA